GAUGGAUAGAUGCAAAUACAGCAACAUAUCUACUGUUAACAUUUAAUAAAAACCCAUUGUGUAAGUGUUUUAAUUGAGCUUUUCUUGUUUUCCUUGACUCCCAGAUGCGAGCCAGAGGCCAGGAAGUGAUGAAAACGGUGCUGCGUUCCCUCGGCGUCGGCGACCUCCAAGUGUUUGCUCUGGCUCUUCUCAGAGAUAACGAAUAUCUUUUUCUGGAUUUGGAACAAAAGCUGAGGAAAUAUUUUGGUAAAACAUGGAGCAGGAACUCCCUAAAGGUUCCAUUCAUCGUAUUUCUCAGAGUGAAGUUUUAUUUGGAAAACGGUCUCCUGAUAUUGAGCAGCAAGGUGCAGCAGCUUUACUACUGGGAGCUGAGGCAGAAAGUGCUGCAAUCCCAGAGCCACCAGCAGGAAGCUCUGCUCUUCCAGCUGGCAGCUUCAGCGCUUCAGGCUGAAGUCGGAGAUCUGGAACGUCGAGAAGGAGCUGAAGACGAGGGAGGACAUGAGAAAAAGGAGAGGAUGCGAUACUUUCUGCCAGAAGAUUACUUUCCACCUUGGCUAAUAAAUCACAGAGGGAGAAACUUCCUUCUCCAACACAGCCCAGUGUUGCACGGUGAGCUGAGAGGGACGCCACGCAGCCGGGCCAUCCUGCAGUUCAUAAAGGAGGCCAGCAGCCUGCAGGACGCAGCGCUGACUUUCUACAGGAUGAAGCAGGGGAAGGAGGAGCUGAGAAGUUCGAUCCUUCUCGGCGUGGCGCUGGACGGAGUCUAUAUCUACCAGGAGGUGGAAGGGAAGAAGCGUGUACUGUCUGCUUUUACCUGGUCAGAGAUCGACCGGUUUACUUUCCAGGGCAGCAGGUUUGAAAUAGCUGCAGUCGACUCAAAGCUGGUGUAUUACACCCACUCAGCUUUCCACUCAGAGCACAUUUUGAAACACCUGAGCGACAGCCAUCGCUUCUACAUGACCAGCAAGGAUGCAGCUGGUUACAUCCAGCAGCUGGAAGACAUGCAAGCCCUUCGGCUCCACAGAGAGGCUUAUAUCUGUGACAUGACACAUUUAAGACAGAGACUCCAAUGUUCMAGCCUCACUGCAUCGGUGUCAGAUUGCAGCAACAUGGAGACGGACACAACCUGGACCAAAGGCGGAGCGGAGGAGGAGCAAAGCCCUCUAUCAGAGGUUGAAUCUGAAGAGGCUUUUGUCGAUGACCCAGCAGAAGUGACCUGGCUUGCUGAGUUCUUAUACGGUGCGUCUGUUGACGGGCCUUUACAGCUCCCAUCUUCCACCUGGGCAGCUGUGACCAUGGAAAUGAAACAGGUUUUGUGCAAAAGAGUGGGUGAAGCCUCUCACUCUUUUGAUUCACAGUAAAGCAAGGGGAGUUCGUCGCAUGUUCUGCAGCUCAGGACAAGAAGAUUACAAUGAUGCACAACAUAGUGAAAAAAAAUCAACAAAAUAUUCAGUUUUCUACAAAUUUGCAUUGAGAAUCCAUCCAUUUU